UUGCAGCCGGCGGAGCUCAGCUGUGAUUCUCACGCUGCCGGUGACAGAGUGCGCGUCGCCCCCAUCGGGUCGCUGCUGCAGCCUCGCAAAACUCACACACGCUCCCCCCUUCAUGUGCGCUCCAGCCCCGCGACGCCCCCGCCGAAGGAUUUAAUGGUUGUGUCGCACUGGAAUACAACUCCUGCUCGUUUUUGCGCGUUUUGGCUCCGAUUCCCAGCGUCUGGUUUGGCCGAGGAGCUGAAAUCUGAAAGCAGCUUCAGAACAAGGACGCACAGCUCGGACGCAUCAUGCCGCUGAAUUCAAGUUUAGCGAGUAAAAACUAUGACUUGGACUACGACUCCCUGCAGCCGUAUUUCUACUAUGACAACGAGGAGGAGGCUUUCUACCCGCAGCAGCUUCAGCCUCCGGCACCGAGCGAAGACAUCUGGAAGAAAUUUGAACUGCUGCCGACCCCUCCCCUGUCCCCGAGCCGCCGACCGUCCCUGUCCAGCCUCUUCCCCUCCACGGCGGAUCAGCUGGAGAUGGUGACCGAGUUCCUGGGCGACGACGCGGUGAACCAGAGCAUCAUCUGCGACGCCGACUACUCGCAGACCUUCCUCAAGUCCAUCAUCAUCCAGGACUGCAUGUGGAGCGGCUUCUCCGCCGCGGCCAAGCUGGAGAAGGUGGUGUCCGAGCGGCUCGCCUCCCUGCACGCCGCGCGGAAGGAGUCGGCGGCGGGCGAUGGCGCGGAGCCCGCCGGCGAUGCAGCCGCUGCGUGGAGGCUCAACAGCAGCUACCUGCAGGACCUGAACACGGCGGCCACGGAGUGCAUCGAUCCCUCCGUGGUUUUCCCGUAUCCGAUAGCAGAGACGCCCAAGCAGAGCGCAGGGACGCCGCCUAGUAAGGACCUGGGGCUGGACACGCCGCCCAACAGCGGCAGCAGCAGCAGCAGCAGUUGUAGUGAAUCAGAGGAUGAGGAUGGAGACGAGGAUGACGAUGAUGAUGAGGAGGAGGAGGAGGACCAGGAGGAAGAGGAGGAGAUCGACGUGGUCACAGUGGAGAAGAGGCAGGCGGUGAAACGGUGCGACCCCAGCCCGCUGGAGACAAGGCACCCCAGCCCGCUCGUGCUGAAGAGGUGCCACGUCUCCACCCACCAGCAUAAUUAUGCCGCCCAUCCAUCCAUGAGGCAGGAGCAGCCAGCUGUCAAGAGGCUGAAGCUGGAGAGCAGCAGCAGCAACAGCAGCAGCAGCGGCAGCAGUGGAGGAGGUGGUGGAGGAGGUGGAGGCAGCGGCGGCCACAGCAGGGUCCUCAAACAGAUCAGCAGCAACCGCAAGUGUCUGAGCCCCCGGACGUCAGACACCGAGGACUAUGACAAGAGAAGGACUCAUAACGUACUGGAGCGCCAGAGGAGGAACGAGCUCAAGUUGAGCUUUUUCGCGCUGCGGGACGAGAUCCCAGAAGUGGCCAACAACGAGAAGGCGGCCAAGGUGGUGAUCCUGAAGAAGGCGACAGAGUGUAUCUACAGCAUGCAGACAGACGAACAGAGACUCCUCACACUCAAAGAGCAGCUGCGGAGGAAAAGUGAACUUUUAAAGCAGAGACUGGCACAGAUGCAGGGCUCCCGUGCUUGAAGUUUGAAUCAAGACUUUUUGGCCUUUUGUUUUUUAUGCAAGUUCAAGACUUGGGGUGUACAGUUCUUGUUGCAUGCAAAUGCAAAACGGAUUAAGUUGUUUGAAAUCUCGUUAGAUUUCGAAGUUAAAACUGCCUCAGUAGAAGUUAUGGGUGGAUUAAAUAUUUAAAAGUUUAUUUUUAUUAAUAAAAUAUUAAAAAUUGGGCCGUCCCGUUGGGGGUCCAAACUAAAAUAUAAAUUUUUAUGUUUUGUAUAUAAUUAAUAUUUCCUAAGAAAAUGUAUUUUUGGAUCUCAAUUGUCUGGAUGUUCAGACCCAGUGUUUGGUUUUUUCCAUUAUGUUCAUAGAUUCUUUUUGAAAUAUAAAAAAUGUUUCCUCUUGAA